AUGGCCAGCGAGGUCCUGAAUACAGGUGGACCAAAGGACCAUGAAGGGUUGAUGGAAGUGCUGGUGUACAAGCAGCCGCAGGUGGCUACCAGCUGUCAAUUGCUUGAUAUUGGGCCGAGUUUCGGCUCCCUCGCCCUUUGCCGUCUACCUCGUCGUGAAUGGCUAGAGCGUCAGAGCACCAACAUCGGCCAAGAUGCCGACGAUCUUCAGAAUGCAAUUCCCGCCCCUUCCCCUGCCGCUACCCGACAAAAAGGUGGGCCACAACAGAACCUCCAGUGA